AUGACAUCUGAAGAAGCACCCGAGUAUACGAGCGAGCUCAACAUCCUGAGCCCAGUGUCUCCCAAGCCUGUCCACUACCCAGUGCCCUCUAACAUUCCCGUCCUUGAGAACCAAAUCGACCCCGUCUUUAAUCAGACCGGGACACACAUGGUUGAAGCCCUUCCUCAACAGCUCCCGCCUCCCAUGUAUCUCGACCAGCAAGCUGGCGCGUACACCCAAAACCCCUAUCAGCAGCAGCAGCAGCAGCAGCAACAACAGCAACAGGCACACGCUCAACAUGAACAAUCCCAUUCUAACCAUCCUGAAGCCUACAUGACUCAACAGGCAGGUCAAGUAGGACCGGGUCCAAGCCAACAUCCUUCUCAGGCGCAGCAUCAGGGCCAUCAAGCUUAUCAUCAGGCACAAGAGCAAGCAUCGAUUGGGAUGAAUAGUCAGACCAAUCAAGUUCCUCCUGUCGUUCAUUAUGACGAGAAGUACUCCUACCAGCCUGCUGCCUCUGGCGCCGUGGCCUCGCAUGACGCCUCCGCCUCUGCCUCUGCCAGUGCAUCUGUUCCAUCUGACCUCCCUUAUCCUUCUACUGCUGCCCAUCAUCUCCCUGCCUUGCCAAACCAGUCCAACAACGAAGCCUCAUUCCAGAGCAAUUCCUUCCAGCCUCAGGGCCAAGCCAACUCGUCGUCUGCCAACAUCGGCGCUUCCGAGCACCCUCCAGGUGUCGAAGCCAAUAGUCUGCAGAGUCUGCUCAACAACUUGUCACAUCCCAGCCAUAGUCAGGCCCACUCCACUUCUCCCUCUUCCCAGGCUGCGCAAACCCCUUCCAGUGCUGCGAACCAAGCACACGCUCCUCAACAUGAGCAAGCAUACUCGACCUAUACAACCACCUCUCAAGCUCAGCAACCGCAGCAGCAGCAACAGUCAAACGGAGCGCAUACCAACAGCAAUGUAAGAGUAGGAGCCAAUGGUUUGCCACCUCCGCCUGUGGCCUCGUUCCAGCAAGGCAUCAAGCUCGAGAGCCAGCGCGAGAGAAAGCAAGCAGCAGGAGAAGUUUUGGACGAGGACGACCAGCCAUGGACACCCGAAACACAGCACCGCUACGACAACUUCCUAACCGAGGAGAGAAAGUAUGUGACCGAGGGCAAUUGGGAACAGUUUCCUUAUGGAUCGAGGCUGUUUGUGGGUAACCUUUCCAGCGAGCGCGUGACAAAGCGCGACAUCUUCCAUGUCUUCCACAAGUAUGGCGAUCUGGCUCAAAUCUCCAUCAAGCAGGCAUAUGGCUUUGUCAGCAAGCCCCAAAAGAACCGCAAUCCCGAUCCUCGCGCCCCUCGUCGUUCGCGUUCGCCCGACACUGGCCGAGCUGGCAGUUCAUCGGUGAUCCCGGAUCGCUACUUGCCAGGCGACAGAAGAGCAGAAAGAGACAGAGAUAGGGACAGGAACAGAGACAGAAGGUCCCGCGAGUACCGUCCUGGAAGAUCUCCUUCGCCGCGCUCUCCCCGGUCUCCCAGAUCGUACCGCGGUCGCGAUCGAAGCAGGGAUAGAUACGACGCUCGGUACAGGAGCAGAUCAAGAACACCGCCCUAUGGCAGUCGUGGAGGUCGCUUCCGCAGCCCUAGUCCUCCAAGACUCUCAAGGCGCAACAGCGACGACGAUCUGCCACUGCCGCGAAGGGCUCCACGCGAUGUACCAGACGUGCAGAUCAUCGUUCUCGACGACCUCGAUCGCAACUUUAUAGCUUGGCUGGAACACUCUUUCACCCUUCAAGGCAUCCGUGUCGACGUGCUGCUUCUGUCCCCUCGUCUGUCCGAAGCUGCAGUCGUCCGUCGUCAAAUCCUUGAAGGUGUUCUCGCUGUCUCGCGCAUCACUCGCAUCAACCAACAAACGGCCAAGAUUCCCUUGCAGAUCUUCGACCGUCGCGCUGGUAUUGAGAAUGUUCGUUUCGAUGAGUAUGACAAUCUCGAUCCGACCAUUGCUGCUCAACUAGUCUUGCGCGCAAAGGCUGCUCCUGCCUAUGCUCCACCACAGCCUGUACCUGCUCCUGUGCAGUAUGGCUAUGGAGCUGGUGUUACUUCUGCCCCCAACCUAUCCAACCUAAUUACCUCUCUUGAUCCCACUGGUUUGCAAAAGCUUCUUGGUGUCAUGCAACCACCUGGCAUUCCAACUGGCCCGCACCCUGGCCUUCCUACCACAGCCUUGACACCAGACCUGGCCAAACUCCUAGGCAAUGCCGCUGCGGUACGCCCACCACCGCCUCCGUUGCCUUCACCAGGCAUCCCAACACCUGGCCUGCAAUCUCCACCUUCCUACGCUCAAAUGCCUCACCCUCACCAAGAUCCACUCGCCGCUCUGAGGAACAAUCCUGCAUUGGCCAAUCUUUUAGCCGCCCAACAGCAGCAACAAUCACCUCAGAACAUUGCUAUUCCUCAUCUGGGUGUGCAAACACCUGAUCUACGCUCGCCCAUUCAACCUCAACGACACAAUGCUUUACCUAGUCCCGGACAGCCUGACAUGGCAGAUAUUCUCGCCAAGCUAGGUUCUUAUAGGCGAUAG